AUGGCGGCCAACUUCGACGCCCACACGAGAUACAGACUGGGCGACGAGGUGUAUUUCGUCAUGGGCCCGAACAUGAAGGAGACGGUGGGCAAGGUCGUCGCGAUACAUAUGACGACUGAUCUGCGGAUAUCGUACGGUCUUGCUCCGCCGGACCGGAAACUGAGCGAUCCGCGCCAAAACCUUGCAAGAGUACCUGAGCAGAACAUCAGGGGUCUCACGGAGAACAUGCCUUUACUCACUCGGGAUACCAUCUUCACGGACAGCAUGAUCGCAUGA